AUGUUCUGCUCAGAGCAGGCAUCUCAUCUUCACGCCCAUCAUCAUUAUUAUCGUCAGCAGCUGCAGCAGCAGCAAUACCUGCCAAUUCUCAGUGAACGGUUACUCUCUGCAGGGCCUUUGCCUGGGCCCCGGGACCUGAGCAAUGACAGUAGUAGUAGUGGUGCUGACAGUGCUAGUGGUGGUGGUACUAGUAGUAGAAGCAGUAGUAGUGGUGGUGCUGACAGUGCUAGUUGUGCUGGUAGUAGUAGUAGAAGCAGUAGUAGUGGUGGUGCUGACAGUGCUAGUGGUGGUGGUAGUAGUAGUAGCAGCAGUAGAAGUAGUUGUGGUGCUGACAGUGCUAGUGGUGGUGGUAGUAGUAGUAGCAGCAGCAGUAGUAGUAGUGGUGCUGACAGUGCUUGUGCUGGUGGUAGUAGUAGCAGCAGCAGUAGUAGUACUAGUGGUGCUGAUAGUGCUAGUGGUAGUGGUAGUAUCUAUGCUAGUGGUGGUGGUAGUAGUAGUAGCAGCAGUAGAAGUAGUCGUGGUGCUGACAGUGCUAGUGGUGGUGGUAGUAUUAGUAGCAGCAGCAGUAGUAGUAGUGCUGCUGACAGUGCUUGUGCUGGUGGUAGUAGUAGGAGCAGCAGUAGAAGUAGUAGUGGUUCUGUCAGUGCUAGUGGUGGUGGUAGUAGUAGCAGCAUUAAUAUUAGUAGUGGUGCUGACAGUGCUAGUGGUGGUGGUGGUAGUAGUAGUAGCAGCAGCAGUAUAAGUAGUCGUGGUGCUGACAGUGCUAGUGGUAGUGGUAGUAGUCGUAGCAGCAGUAGUAGUAGUAGUGGUGCUGACAGUGCUAGUGGUGGUGGUAAUAGCAUUAGCAGCAGUAGAAGUAGUAGUGGUACUGACAGUGCUAGUGAUGGCAGUAGUAGUAAUAGCAGCAGUAGUAGUACUAGUGGUGCUGACAUUGCUAGUGGUGGUGGUAGUAGUAGUAGCAGCAGUAGUAGUAGCAGCACCACAGUAGUAGCAGCAGCCACAGAAGCAGCAACGAUAGUUGUUUUUAUGGUUAUAAGAAGAAUGAUCUAA